GUAAGUUUGGCCUUUAGGCAAAGUUGUUGCUGAAGGGCUUUCGAGCUUUGCCCUUUGUGGGAUGCCAUGCUGAAGGUAUUGGUUGUCGCGACUUUCGUGAGGGCAUGGACAUUCAAUGCCAGCUACACCCAGUUUCAUGGCACAGGAUGUUCUGAAGGGGAACGCGAGUUCAAAUGCCAAGAACAAGAUGACUUGAUUUGCUGUCAGCACUCUUCGCAGACAGUUGGUUGGCGCUGCCAAGGGGCAUACCUUGACCGCGUGCUAUUCAAUUCUGGAGAAGACUGCAGUGGCCAAGCAAUCGAGGAGGUUGUUGGUUACCUCAGCUUGACCGCAGAUAUAGCUCGGAUAAGUGCUGGAGAGUGUGUUGACUAUGGCACCACGAUGUCGUUUCGUUUUACGAACGUACCAACCACAGCAGUGCCAUGUGGUGUAAUGGCAGCCGCCAAGCCCAGAGUGCUUUGCAUGGGACUUCUUGUGCUAAUGACAAUGUGCCGGAUACUGAUGGCUUGAGUGACCUAGUGAUUCCUUUGAGGGUCUUGAUGUUCGUUGGUAGUGAGACACUUGCCUUGACACUUCUGUUGGCUUUGAUCUUGAGUUGAAGAAUAGUGAUCGGGUGGGGAGGUAGUGUUGUGGCCACAUGCUGAAGUGCUUGGCUGAAGAUCAAAAGCCUUGUUACAUUGUAGGUCGCAUGCUCAUCCAGAUUGCUCAAGAGGUGCAAACCUGCAGAUGAGCCGUAAAUUUGCAACUCCCCAAGGGAGCUGUAUGAAAA